GGGCGGCCGCCCAGAGCCGCCGCGGGGGCGGCGGGGCGCGGGGCGCGGGGGCCCGGCUGAGCCGGCCGUCGGAGCAAGAGCCUGCCGCGGAGACGACGGAGGAGGAAGCAAGGCGAUCCCGGAGGCGGCGGCGGCGGGAGCAGCGGGAGCCGCCUGGGAUGUUCAGUCAUGAAACGAGUGCGCACCGAGCAGAUUCAGAUGGCCGUGUCCUGCUACCUCAAGCGCCGGCAGUACGGGGACGCGGACGGCCCGCUGAAGCAAGGCCUGCGGCUGUCACAGAGCGCCGAGGAGAUGGCCACCAACCUCGCAGUCCAAUCAGAGUCUGGUUGUGCCAACAUAGUGUCUGCGGCCCCCUGCCAGGCAGAGCCCCAGCAGUAUGAAGUACAGUUCGGACGGCUGCGGAACUUCCUCACCGAUUCUGACUCCCAGCAUAGCCACGAAGUGAUGCCUCUCCUCUAUCCUCUCUUUGUCUACCUCCACCUCAGCCUGGUCCAGAACAGUCCGAAGAGCACAGUGGAAAGUUUUUACAGCCGCUUCCAUGGCAUGUUUCUGCAGAACGCGAGCCAGAAGGAUGUCAUCGAGCAGCUGCAGACCACUCAGACCAUCCAGGACAUCCUGUCCAACUUCCGGCUGCGGGCGUUCCUGGACCACAAGUACGUGGUCCGCCUCCAGGAAGACAGCUACAACUACCUUCUCCGCUACCUCCAGAGUGACAACAACACCGCCCUGUGCAAAGUCCUCACCUUGCACAUCCACCUGGACGUGCAGCCUGCCAAGAGGACAGACUACCAGCUCUACGCCAGCGGCAGCUCCUCCCGAGGCGAGGGCAACGGCCUGGAGCCCGCCGACAUGCCCACCCCGAUUCUGCAGAACGAGGCCGCCCUGGAGGUCUUGCAGGAGAGCAUUAAGCGCGUCAAGGACGGCCCCCCCUCCCUCACCACCAUCUGUUUCUAUGCCUUCUAUAACACGGAGCAGCUGCUGAACACUGCAGAAAUCUCCCCGGAUAGCAAGCUGCUUGCUGCCGGGUUCGACAACUCCUGUAUCAAACUGUGGAGUUUACGAUCCAAGAAGUUAAAAUCAGAACCCCAUCAAGUGGACGUGUCCCGCAUCCACUUGGCUUGUGAUAUUCUGGAGGAGGAGGACGAUGAGGACGACAGCGCGGGCACAGAGAUGAAGGUCCUGCGGGGCCACUGCGGGCCAGUGUACAGCACCAGGUUCCUCGCAGACAGCUCAGGGUUGCUCUCUUGCUCUGAAGACAUGUCCAUCAGGUACUGGGACCUCGGGAGCUUCACAAACACUGUGCUGUACCGGGGCCAUGCCUACCCUGUGUGGGACCUGGACAUCAGCCCGCACAGCCUGUACUUCGCCAGCGGGUCCCACGACCGCACAGCCAGGCUCUGGUCGUUUGAUCGGACGUACCCGCUGAGAAUCUAUGCCGGACACCUGGCCGACGUGGACUGUGUCAAGUUCCACCCUAACUCCAACUACUUAGCCACGGGCUCGACCGACAAGACGGUCCGGCUGUGGAGCGCCCAGCAGGGGAACUCGGUGAGGCUCUUCACGGGCCACCGCGGCCCCGUGCUGUCUCUGGCCUUCUCUCCCAACGGUAAGUACCUGGCGUCGGCCGGCGAGGACCAGCGGUUGAAGCUGUGGGACUUGGCCUCGGGGACCCUGUACAAAGAGCUGCGAGGCCACACGGACAACAUCACCAGCCUCACCUUCAGCCCGGACAGCAGUCUGAUCGCCUCGGCAUCCAUGGACAACUCGGUGCGCGUCUGGGACAUCAGGAGCGCCCACUGCAGCGCGCCCGCCGACGGCUCGUCCAGCGAGCUGGUGGGCGUCUACACCGGCCAGACGAGCAACGUGCUCAGCGUGCAGUUCAUGGCCUGCAACCUCCUUCUGGUGACUGGAAUCACGCAAGAGAAUCAGGAGCAUUGAUUUUUUUUUUCCCUCUUUGUCGCAACAGACUGGGGCGUGCGUAGGGGCUCCAGGUGGCAAGUCUGAGGACAGACUGCAAUGGAAUCACUGACUGUGAAAGACUCCCCCGCUCCCCCCCCCGCUCCCCUCACUGACACCCCGCCCUCACUCGUCAGCCUUCACUCAGCCCCGCAGGGUCCAGGGACUUGGGGCGAGGAAGGGCUGCGACGGGGAACCUGAGAUCAAGAAUCACAAAGAUCCCACUGUGUCCCUGCGCGAGCCCCUCCCUGUCUCUGCUCGUCUUCCGAGAAGCCAGGAUGCUGCUUGCCUCCCCACCUCCCCGCGCCCCCGGCGCUGCAUUUGGUCCAAGGAUGUUUGCUCCCACUGGGAGCAGUGCUGCGGGGCCACCGGGUGGAAGGGACUUUAUCCGGGAGGAAGGCGUGGGUGGGCACUAGGAAAGGGGGCAGGGUAAUCCUGGCAACACGUCUUUCCUUUCCCGUAAUUACAGAGAACCAGGAUUUUUUUAUUAUUGUUAUUAUAAUUAUAAUAAUUAUUAUUAUUGAGAAGAGGAAACCUAGCACUGGCAGAGGGGGCCUUCUCUGCUCUCAUCUUUCAGGUUUUACUCCUGGCACUGGCUGUGAUACUUGGAAUUUUGAGGUUCAGGGAAUUCAGAGAAUUUGGUAGCACAGUGUAUGGGAGAAAGGGAACAUUUCUGGGUGACAGAUCGAUCACUCUGGCUGACACGUUUCUCGAAGUGGGUGGGUGGAUCUGAUUGAGAAAGUCUUGGGCUCUCGCAGUGAUGGUGGGAAAGACUCUUUUCAUGACUGCAUUUCUCUUAACAGUUCUCUCCCCUGGAAGGACAGAUUGUGGUAAAGAAAUGAAAAUAAUUUGAAGUGAAAAGUCAAAAGGUAGAAUUAAAAAAUGUUGAAUUUUCAAAUGAUUCAGAGGUGUGGCUUCUCCAGUGUUGCUCUCCUGAGAUCGUCCCUCCCACCUCCUGCUUCGCAAUAGCAGUUUAAUGAACACUCUGUGAAACGAAUCUUAAGUACGUACACGCGCAGACAGACUAUGCUCUGAGGAUAAAGCAACUUCUAAAUUUGUGGGAAAAGGAUUAAAUAUUUCUGUUUUCUGAAAAGAGUUAUUUUGUAUUUUGUUUUCUAUUAAAAUGUAUUUAGUUUCCAAAAAAAAAAAAAGUGUUUUGGCAUCUCUUUUAAACUGAGGACAGGCGGGUGUGUGGGCUGCUCUAGGGUGACACGCGGCUCCCCGCUCUUCAGGAUGACAGCCGGUUAUGUAGGCCGGACACGCCCAGGGAGGGCCUUCCGUCUCUUGUACUCUGCUCAGCUGCUUCGAAUCGUGAUUCCUCGUGACAUUCAUGUGGAGUCCCAAUAGCACCGAAUACUUUUUAUACCUCCAGGAUCGCCAGUUGCUGACCAGAGACGACAUGUAUUUCCCUAUCUGGAGUUAUUUAGUGAGAUUCUAUUUCCAGCUUUUCUUUGAAGACCCCCUUAUGAAAUCUCCCAUGGGCAUAAAAACAGUGUUGUUUAAUUAACUCAGACUAUUUAUUGAACAAUUCCAGGUAAAGGCCUCAUUUCAAAGAUUUAAAUGAUGUAAGAAUUUUUUAAAUGUACUUUCAAACAUAAUUUUCAGGGAAGGACACCAAGAAGUAUCAGGAAACUAAAUAGGAAGACUAGAGUUCUAUGCCAAAUUUUUUUUUUAUUUGCGCCUAAGGGACUAAUUAACCGGAAAUGUUUCUUAUUCAUAAAAAUCCAUGUAUUUGAGACAUUGUAAGGACUCUGGCAGCUUAGUCAGACAGCAUCACCUUUCGCAUGGUCUGCAGGUGAAGCAUGAAAGUGUGUUCUCACCUGUAAUAAGUGAACUCUUAGGUUUCAUUUUGUGGAAUAUUGCCAGAAACAAUCUCUAAAUUGGGCUGAAUCUUUCUCAAGUGAAAAUAUCACUGAUUUGGGGUGAUUUGGGGAAGUUUUUAUGUUUGUCUUUUAACGCAGAAUUUCUUUGAUUAAACACAAAAAUGUAUUAAGUUGGUCAAUCUUCAUACUACCAGUCAAAUAUAAUAUAUACGCUUUGUGAUUUCAGUUCAGGCUCUUAAUAAUCUGCAUAUUUGACCUUUUUCUUCUGUGAACUAAUUUUGAUCUGGGGUAACUUAACUUUUUAGAAUGCCCCUCACAGCUUCCCGAAAGUCUUAGAAGCGUUUUAAGGGGCAUGUAUGUCUGUGUCCACAAGGGUGCGGAAGAACACGGUCACAGUCUCCAGUGUGCUUUCUUGCAUCGUUUUACUUUACCUCCAGGGCAGUCCUGUGAGGCAGGACUAGGGCUAUUACCAUUUUGUAGAUGAAAUAACUAAAACACCCAGAAAAGCCAUGUUAUCGGUCUGUACCCACCAUGGACUAGUCUCAAGUCUUGAAUGUGUUACAUAAAGGGCGUAUAUUCAGUAUCCUCAAGUUCCAGCUGGAGGGUAUAACCCUAAAGAUAGAAAAACUUGAAAGAAAAAAAAAAAACAAUUCCAAAAAGGAAAGAUGAAUAUAAAGUUAUUUAACAGGCGUAUAGAUAGUGCUUAAUUCUCUGCCAGAAACCACCCCAAGAGCUUAAUGAAAACUAACUCAUUUUGUCUCCAUUGACAACCCUAUGAGUCGUCUCUUUUCUUUCAAUUUAAUUUUAUUUUUUGUUUUGGGGGGAGGUAACUAGGUUUAUUUAUUUACUUACUUAUUUUAAUGGAGGGACUGGGAAUAGAACCCAGGACCUCGUGUAUGCUAAGCACGCACUCUACCACUGAGCUCUACCCUCCCCCUGAGUUAAGUCUCAUUUUUAUCCCCAUUUUACAGAUGAGGAAUCUGAGGCACUGAUGGAUGAAGCUGAAGGGUCAUCAGUGAUAGGUAGUGACUGACGAAGCCAGAAUUUGACCUGGAGUAGUCUGGGUCCAGGGUCCACACUCUUACCCAGGCCAAUGCCUUCCUCCUUUCCCACAGAGCCAGGUAAAGAGUGACUGAGGUUAGCAAUAACGAGAUGCCCCUGGCAACAGCUACAAGACUCAUGCUUCCCUUUGCCAAAUAAAUCAGCAGCAACUGCAGGAUCAGGAACUGGCAGUGAGAACAAACUUAAAACAAUACACGGCUGAAAGAAACUUCAGAAUAUUCAGUAAUUUCAAAGCAUGAUGAUCUGUUUCUGUAAUGUGUAUAAAGUGGGGGUGGGGGGAACCCAGCUGAAAUCUCUUAGACUGGCAGGCUUAGAAAAUCUGUAAUUUUAUUUUAUUUUUUAAGGUUUUUUUUUUUAAUUGAAGUAUAGUUGAUUAACAAUGUUGUGUUAAUUUCUGGUGUACAGCACAGUGAUUCAUUUAUACAUAUAUAUAUUCCUUUUCAUAUUCUUUUUCAUUUUAAGUCAUUAUAAGGUAUUGAAUAUAUAUACUUUGGGGGGCGUGGGGGGCUGGGGGAGGUAAUUAGGCUUACUUAUUUUUAGAGGAGUUACUGGGGCCUGAACCCAGGACCUCCUGCAUGCUAAGCAUGCACUCUACUGCUUGAGUUAUCCCCUCCCCCUGAAAAUCUGUAAUUUUAAUUUAGCAAUAGAUUGGCCAAAAGAGAGAGAAAAUUAGAAUAAAGGAAAGUAAUGAAUAGAGAUAAAACAGGAAAUAAUUUAAAGCUUUUAUAUUCAAGAGCCAGCUUUUAAGGAUAGCCAUGACUAGUAGCUUUUCAUUUGUUUUAUUUGUGUAUUAAAAACGUCUCGGUUGUAUAAGAGAAAAUCUGCUUCGUAUGUAGGCUUCUAAGUUUGACGUUGCCCCGACUGAUAUUAAGUGUAUGGAUUAAAAUAUUAGUCUGUACUUCAACUUGUCUUUCAGUUGCAUGUUUUAGAAAAGUGCCCAUUAUAUCCCUGCCCAGCCCACAAUAAAAAUUCUUCUUAUUGACCCCUGGAAAUCA